AGGGGCAGGAACUUUGCGUAAGGGUCCUCCAUUCUUCAAGUUGCUGCAGCGUGUGGGACAACACAUUGUUCGUGUUUUAUUCAAUCAAAAGGUGAACGGUUCAGCAGCAUAUUCUCUGUCCUCUUGGCCGGAGUAAAGCCGCAUAAUGUCCGGCAGCUGGUGGAGCAGUGAGACGGUGACCCACGGACUAAUGGCUCUGUUCGCCGUGGGCUCCUGGAUAUCCGUAAACAGUCUGUGGGUCGAGCUCCCGGUGGUGGUCAGGGUGCUCCCCGAAGGGUGGAACCUGCCUGCCUACCUCUCAGUGCUGAUAGCGUUUGGGAACCUGGGCCCGAUAGCAGUGACCAUCACACACCACUGUGCUCCGGGACGAUUAAAUGAGCGUGUCGUCAUCCACUGCAUCCAGGUUCUGGCAGUGGUGGCAUCUGCUUUUCUGGCUAUCUUCUGGUCACAAACUGCCACAAUAGCCGGAGAGGAGAGGUCCCUGCCCUUCCUGAUCUUAACCUUUGUUUUGGCUUUCGUGUGCUGUACUUCCAACGUCACCUUCCUGCCUUUUAUGUUCAGCUACCCUCCUCGGUAUGUCCGUACAUUCUUCAUCGGUCAGGGUUUAAGUGCAUUGUUCCCUUGCAUCGUGGCUUUAGGACAAGGUGUUAGCAAGCUGGAGUGUAAAACUGUAAACGGCACGGUGCAGCCACACUAUUUAAAAGAGAACUUUCCGGCUCAGAACUUCUUCUGGUUCUUGUUUGUCAUGCUGUUCGUCUCAGCACUAAGUUUUCUGGCUUUGACACGAAGACAGACAACGUCGGAGCAGUAUGCACCGCCACAGGAACCUGACAACGCAGCGGUGACAAAGAAUGUAGAGGAGACUCACCCGCUUAACAACGGAGGGACGCCAGUGUCUGAGGAGCAGGUGCAAGUGGCUUUUCCUCCACCUGCUCCUCAGACAUUUUGGACACAACACAACAUCUACCUGCUGGCGCUGCUUGCUGUCUCCAAUGCCCUCACCAACGGGGUCCUGCCUUCUAUCCAGAGUUUCUCCUGUCUGCCUUAUGGCUCCAUGACCUUUCACCUCUCUGUGGUGCUUGGCAACAUAGCAAACCCCCUGGCCUGCUUUCUAGCUAUGUUUUUUGUCAUGAGGUCCCCCACUGGUCUGGGCAUUUUGUCUUUAGGAGGUGGAGUAUUUGCUGCGUAUCUCAUUGCUUUAGCAGCACGCAGCCCCUGCCCUCCCCUCCUGGGAAACCCCUCUGGUGUGGCUUUAGUGGUCAUCUCCUGGAUUAUUUUCACUGGCCUCUUCUCCUAUCUGAAGGUGGUGAUUGGGACUCUGCUUCACGAGGCGGGCCAUGCCGCCCUGCUGUGGUGCGGCAUCUCAAUUCAGGCCGGCUCUCUAAUCGGGGCCCUCACCAUGUAUCCCCUGGUCAACAUCUAUCAAGUGUUUGCCAGGGCUGAGGAAUGUGGUGAUGAUAAAUGCAGUUAGCAUGAACAAGAUAUGCAAGGAAAAAUUUGUUGUUUUUUUUUUUUUUUAUACACACUGCUUCCAUUCAUUCCUCAUGGGAAAUUGGGACAAUUUUGAACCCUGCUUUAGGGGUUCCUGAGUGAAGUACCAGAUCUUUCUCGACCUCAUCUUUCUUGAACAUCAUGCCACAGAUGAGGCGUCCUCUUCUGAUUCAGAGGCCUCUGUGAAAGAAGGAAACAUUCCCUCAUAAUGGGAGCAUUGUCUUGCUGCACAUUAGCCAAGGGGAUGUAAACCGCGUAUGAUGCAGUAAUACCACAAGUGCUUUGUGUGGUAUUUUAUAAUGAAUCUCUGUGUAGCUGAAAUUGUUUACAGUGGCAACAACAGCCACUGAUGGAUUUUCCCAUUACAACAGAUCAUGUGAAAAGCUGUUUACUCAGGGACACAAUCGUUAACUUAUUCAUCCACAUUUGUUGCUCUGGGGUAUAAUUAAUAAGAAAUACUCAUAUUAUGAAGUUGCAGUGGGGCUGUUAGAUUCUAACUACAAUCCAAUCCUGAUAUGAAGGCGAUUAGUGUUAAUUUUUUUAAUUUUAAGUGUCUAUUUUCAAAUGUCUGCCUUCUACAUUUGUUUUAUCUGUUAAAUGUACAAUUCAGCUUUUGAAGUCAGCAUGAAGAAUUUAAGCUGUAACGCAGUAAUAUGAGACACACGGUUUAUAAAUGCAGGCUGAAGGCUUGCAGGGACAUUCCCAAAAUUAUUUCUGAGACAUGUUCAACUUUACAAAAUGUCACUUUCAGUGUCAAAGUCAUAUGGGAUUUUUAUUCACCAAUUCCACACAUACAAUAAAGCUGUUUGACCUCAAGGGAAAAAUAUCUUAGUAGUAAAAUAAUACAGAACAAAUCUAACCCUUUUGGUAAACAAGGGAUUGUGUCAUAUAAUACCUUAAAAGGAAACUCUAUUAAUCAUGCUGCUACAUGACAUCAGAUUUACUAACUUUAUUAAACUCCUCAGAAGUUUACAGAAGAAAGGUUUGCUAGAUUUGCCUUCAGAUUCAGAUUCAUUCUUUAUUGUUAUUGUCAUAUAUCCGUAUAUACCUACUGGAUGUUUUAUUUACAAUAUUGAUGGCGGAUGGAAUGAAACUUUUACCAAAGCGGGUCCUCCUGUAUGUUAUUUGUCUGUAUCUGAUGCCAGAAGGUAGGGGAAUGAAACAUGAAUGUAGAGGGUGACAGGGGUCAUUUGCUAUGGACUGUGCUUUGCGUUUGAUGCCAGUAUCAACAAGUGUGGAGAGAUUGGGUGUAGGGAGGCCUAUGAUUUUGGAGCAUGUAGUGGUGAUUUUGAGUGUGAGUUCUUUUGUUUUUGUGACAUUCAGGAGGAAGUAGUUGUCUGCACACCAUUUUGAGAAGUGGUUGAUGGUCUAUUGGUAGGCUGUGACUGAGUUAUUGUCUGAUAGCAGUGCUAAUAUGGCAGUGUCGUCAGAAUAUUUGAAAUACAUUAUGAUGGGAGAUGGGGUCAUUUGUGUAGAGUGGGCAUAUGAAUGGACUCAGUACACAGCCUUGGGGGGCUCCAGUAUUGAUGGUUAUGAAGGGGGAUGUGGUGGUCCCUGAUCUGACAGCCUGGGGUCUAUUGCUCAGAAAGUUGUGUAUGAAGCAAGUGAGAGGAGAUGGGAUUUGUAGGAUAUUUAGUUUAUGGAUGACCAGGUGUCAUUGAAUGGUAUUAAAAGCCGAGCUGAAAUCUAUGAAACUCACCCUGGCAUAAUGGCCAGCAUGGUCCAGGUGUUGCAGGAGGUUGUGGAGGAGGCACGCCACUACAUUCUCUGUUCCUCUAUUUGCCUUGUAUGCAAACUGAUAUGGGUCUAGGUGUGGUUUGACAAUUAAAAGAAUGGCAUUCAAUAUCAGGUUUUUAAAAGGCCUUAACUUUAUAGUGGAAAGCCUGUUUUUUUUAAAUGGUUAUGACUUAUCUGUCAACGUUAAUGCUAAUUGUAAAUAGACUCAUGUCCAAUACCUGCGUGUGAUUGAUGUGCUUUUUAACACUUUUUUUCAUAACUGUGGCCAUUGUUUGUUGAUUUUUGUAUAUGAUUGUCAUGUCAUACUUGACAUACACACCAUGUGUGUCACAACAGGAAGCUGAUGUUAAGUUUAGUUAAAAAAAUGACAAACAAUA